UUUGAAUUACUUUUGUUUGUCGUUGUUUCAUUGAUUUGAUUUAUUGGGAAAGAAAGGGUUCACAUUUUCAGACUCCACUUUAUCAGAUUGAAAGAUCUGCUGUUAUUCUUUGUUUUACAUGCUCAUAUAUUAUUGUGAAAAAAUAAUAAAACAUGAAUUCUGAGGGGAAAAAAAGUCAGAAUUCAUGUUGUUUUAUAUAUUUUUGACUCUUCCAUAUUCCAAAUAUUUGGAGAAAGUGCUCCAACCUACCAAUGUGUCCAUGUGCUGUGAGGGGAGAGGAAUUUACGAGCGUCAGCGAAUGCAUCACAGCCGAGCAGAAAUAUCGCUGCAAGUCACAGAGGAGACGAGAGAGAGCAGGUGAUCACGUGCUGUUCUGACAACACAGCGGUUAGUUUUACUUAAAGCACGCACACAAAUCUUUCUCCAUCACUCUUGUAACCAAACCGGCACCAUUUGGCUGGACCAGCAACAGAAGCGGAGUUGGAGCAUCACAUGCAGCUCUACCUGUUCUCCUCCUCCUCUUCCUCCUUCUCCGACAUCAUGGAGCAGUGUUUGGCCCUGACGUCAGCCGUCACCGCCCUGCCUGCCUGCAGUGUUGCUGUCCACAGAUGAAGCUGCUGCUGCUGCUGCUGAUGGAGACUGGAGGAGAAACGGCCUCGCCAUGAAUCCUGUCUGGAUGUGAUCACUGAGGAUUAAAAACAAAACAAAACCAAAAAACCCCAAAAAAGUCAACUGCUGCACAGCUUUCCUGAUGUGAAAGACUCGGCGGGAGAUGCUGCAGCGAAGCGUGGGAACGCGAGGCUCAGCGGCGGGCUGAGCCUCUCCGGUCCCAGUCUUCCUCGGUUUGGCAGCGCCUGUGCGAACGCGCACCGUUGAGGCGAGUUAGGAGGAAUCAUCCGACACUUGGUAUCACCACCACCAUCACCAUCAUCAUCGUCGUCAUCAUCAUCAUCAUCAGCUGCUCUGUUUUCGGCGGCAUCACCGUAUACGUGGGACGGUCGGUGAAAGGGUGGAGCUGCGGUGAUGGAGUGUGUCUGACACAACACUGCUCUCAUGACUGAACAAUGACACAGCGCGUGCUGUUUUGCUGCUGGUGAUGAUGAUGAUGAUGUUGGUGAUGAUGAUGGCUGCCCACUGCUGCGUCCCUCACCCGGGCUUUCCUCCUCACACUGACUCUCUGCGGAGGCUGCUUGUGUUUAUGCAAUCCGACGCAGUGAUGUAAACAGCGCUCUUCCAUGAUGAGAGAGUCUCCUGUGAAAGAUGCUCCCGUCACUGAGUGAGUGAGUGAGUGAGUGAAGGCGCCGCGCGCGCUAAAGAAGAGCGCGGGGCUGUUCUCUUACGGGCGCGAGACGACACCAACAACACAGCAGCAACCAUGUCGAAAGUUGUGAGUAACAAAGAGAAGAAAUCCUUCAGCAAGAAGUUGUUCCGGCGGAGCUCCGUGCGCUCCGUGGGCAGCUUCAUGAACAGAGUUCUCCGGACACUGUCCACGCUCUCCCACUUCAGCACCGACGCUCAAGCCGCCGAGGACGAGAAAGACGACAGCACUCUGAUCCCGAGCACCAUGGGGGGCUCGGUCCCGUCCGACGACAGCGACUGCGGGGGUUUCCCCUUCGGGGACAAGGUGCCGGGAGUCGCCGGACUCAAGAACCACGGUAACACCUGCUUCAUGAACGCUAUCUUACAGUGCCUGAGCAACACGGAGCUCUUCGCCGAGUACCUGGCCCUGGAACAGUUCAAGGGAGCGGACACGAGCAGCAACAGCAGCGACAAGGCCAAGUCUAACGGGGUGCUGGUGCAGAAGAAGCCGCUCCAGCAGCAGCAGCAGGAGGCAGGGGAGGUGACGGAGCAGCUGUCCGGGCUGGUCAGGGCUCUGUGGACCUUUGAAUACACACCUCAGCACAGCAGAGACUUCAAGAAUGUUGUUUCCAAGAGUGCACUUCAGUUCAGGGGGAACUCCCAGCAUGAUGCCCAGGAAUUCCUCCUCUGGCUGCUGGACAGAGUUCAUGAAGACCUCAAUCAUAUCAUCCACCCUGAGACCAGACCUCCCAGCAAGCCUCCAGUAGAAGAAGAAACCGCCACUGAAGGAUCUCCACUACCAGCACCUGGCUCUUUUGUACAGGAGUUGUUUCAGGCACAAUACAGAUCCUCCCUGACCUGCCCUCACUGCCAGAAACAGAGCAACACCUUUGAUCCUUUCCUCUGCAUCUCACUGCCAAUCCCAGUACCUCACACACGGCCGCUGUAUGUGACAGUGGUGUAUCAAGGAAAGUGCUCCCACUGUAUGAGAGUUGGAGUGGCAGUGCCUCUCUCUGGUGCUGUGUCCAGACUGAGAAAAGCUGUGGCCCAAGAGACCAAAAUCCCUGACCAACAGAUCGUCCUCACUGAAAUGUACUACGAUGGCUUUCAUCGCUCCUUCUGUGAUGAUGAUGAAGACCUCGAGAUCAUUCAGGAGAGCGACUCCAUCUUUGCCUUCGAGACGCCUGAGCUCUUCCAACCGGAGCAGAUCCGCUCCAAGCGAGGAGGCGCACAUGGAAAUCUUAACCAGAACAACCUGAAGUAUGGCACAGAUAUGAACAGGAUUUCCACACAAAUACAAGAGCCAACCACACCACCACCACCGCAGAGUCCCAAUAAGAACAGUGGGCAGGCGGAGAAGAUUGUCCUGCUGGUGUGUAACAGAGCCUGCGCCGGACAGCAGGGACGCAGAUUUGGGAAUCCAUUUAUUCUGUAUUUGGAGCAAACGGUGACCUGGGAUGUGCUUCAGAAGGAGAUCCUGGAGAAGAUGCGGCAUCUCUUGCGGCCGGGCGUCUUUGUGCAGACAGGGCCCUUCACUCUGCGUGUGGUAGGCGUGGUGGGCAUCACGUAUCUGCUGCCUCAGGAGGAGCAGCCUCUCUGUCAUCCCUCUGUGGAAAGGGCGUACAAGUCUUGUGGUCCUGGAGGGCCUCCUCAUGUCAAGAUUGUUGUUGAAUGGGACAAGGAGACAAAAGACUAUCUCUUCAGAAGAACUGAGGAUGAAUACAUCCCUGAUGCUGAAAGUGUGCGUCAGAUCAAGGAGCAGCAUCUGCAGCCUCAGACGUGCUCGCUGUCCCAGUGCUUUCAACUCUACACCAAAGAGGAACAGCUGGCACCUGAUGACGCAUGGCGCUGUCCUCACUGUAAGCAGCUUCAGCAGGGCAGCAUCAAACUCAGUCUGUGGACUCUACCCGACAUCCUCAUCCUUCACCUCAAGCGCUUCAGACAGGACGGGGAUCGGCGCAUGAAAAUGCAAAACAUGGUGAGGUUCCCGCUCACAGGGAUGGACAUGGCACCGCACAUAGUCAAGAGAAGCCAGAGCAGCUGGAGCCUCCCCUCUCACUGGUCGCCAUGGAGACGGCCAUAUGGGAUGGGCCGCGAUCCAGAGGACUACCUCUACGACCUGUAUGCAGUGUGUAACCAUCACGGGACCAUGCAGGGAGGACAUUACACGGCUCACUGUAAGAACUCCAUUGACGGACAGUGGUAUUGCUACGAUGACAGCGAUGUUCACACCAUAUCUGAAGGUGACGUUUGCAAGCAGACGGCUUACAUCUUGUUUUAUCAAAGACGAGCAACAAUUCCUUCUUGGUCUGCCAACAGUUCAGUGGGAGGAUCCACCAGUUCUUCCCUGUGUGAGCACUGGGUGAGUCGGCUGAUGGGCAGCCGUCCACCCAGCCAAGCUUCCUCCGGUUCCUCCAGACGCACGUCGCUGGCCUCCCUGUCAGAGUCCGCCGAGUUUGCCGGUGAACGGAGCGAGGACGACGGCUUAUCGAGCCGCCCGGCAGUGAGAGGCAUGCAGCGGCAAACGUUUUCCGCGAGAUCGUCCAUCGCCAGUCCGUUGGUGCUCAGUGAAAAUGGCACUAAACCCUCCUGGUCCCACUCUGCUAAGCUCCAACUUCGUUCCAAUUCUCCGUCACGCUUUUCCCUGGAGUCUCACUCCUCCUCCCCCACUCUGGAGAGGAUAGGAGAGGUGGUUGAUAACAAGACGUCAACCUCCUGUUUCGCUGGCUCACCUAAACCAGACAGACUGUUAGGGGCCAAGUCCCCUGCAGCCUCAGAGAGUAAUCCUGGCAGUAAGAGGCUGAUAGAGCAGGUUCACGUCAAAGCUGUGACACAGGCGGAGCAGAGGAGCUCCAUCCAGGCUGGGGACAACAACAAUGUAGUCACUGCUGUUGAACAGGUGAGUCCUCGACAUGGGACCUCUGCAAAAGAUGUCAAACUAAGAAAUGGGGCUGCAGAUAGUGUUGGUGUCAAAAGGACCUCAGCAAAGACUGGGUUAGAGAGUGAAAGGAGUCCGAAGAAGCGUCCUGCCACCUCCUCUACAUCAUCCAGCUCACUCUCCCCUGCAUCCCCAGCCGUUGGGAAGUCACCAUCUCGAACACAGACCAAGAGUUCAGCGUCAGUGUCUAACCCCAAGGACAAAAGCAGUGGACUUCUCAAAACUGGUAAGGCUGUGACCUCGAGAACUGCAACAAGUCCCUCCAAGAAAGGCUCUCAUCAAACCCUGGAGGCACUGCAUCCCGACUCUGCCCAACAGAAGAAGAGCGAUUCUCCAGGAUCCCAGAGCGUACACCCUCAAAGAAGGACAUCACCUCGAGGUGGAGGUGAGAAAAGCUCAGCCUCUGGAAGGACUAGAGCAGCCGACAGGAGUGCUAGCCACGAAUCCUCACGCCCCACCGUGGUUCCAGAGAGGAAGGUUAGCCAUAGAGGACCUUCCUCCCGGGCAAGUGUCGCUAGUAGAGCGGAGAGCAGGCAGGGUCGGGCUGUGGAGAACAAGGACGUUGGCCAGACCUCAAGCAGCAGCUCCUCCAUAACGAGUACGCGAGCCUCAAGUGUGGGUAUUUCCUCUGCCAGUGCAGCCCCACCACCAAGGGGAGCUCAUAGGAACAGUAAAGCAGAGGAUAAAGGUUUGUCUUUCUUCAAAACAGCCCUCAGACCCAAAGAGACCCGAAAGCCAACGGAUGGAGGGAAACCAGCGACAGGGGAAGCUAAAGGCAAUCCAGAAGAUUGUAUUGGGGACGCAGCUAAGGACGGAAUCCAAAAUGGAGUGAGUAGGAAAAGCCAGAACGUGGCUCCUGAGAGCCAGACGAAUGUGACCGCCAACGACAAGGAGUCCUCGAACGCAACCGCGGCGUCCAAGCAUUCACUGCUGCCCUCCACUAAGUCCAAGCUUUCGGGAGCAGAAGUGAGCGCCCAGUCGUCCUCCAACGCAAAAGACCUUUCAAAGAAAGAGCCUGCGAAAAAGACAAUGCAGUCCAGGAAGAUCCCCAUCAACUCCACACAGACUAGUCAGAGGUCUAAGUGACGUGAGGUUACGAUGAAGACUCGAUGACACAUUUUCUCAAGUGCAGCUCUGAGGUGUUUUAACCAUCAACCUAGACACAAGUGUCUUACCAACAUCUUUAAAGCAUCCGUUGCUUUUCAGUGCGUACUGAAUACCAGCUGCCCGACUGGACUCUUCCAGUCCACAGUGUUAAAUAGUUAUUUAGGAAUGGAUUUUAAUGAAGCACUUUGUAUGUAUUGCAUUAUUUUGGGGGAAUAUUCUAUGGUAUUGUAAAUAAGCAUGGACUCCACAUGUACUGAAAUGACUGCUUUGUUCUGUCUGUAGCAGAGAUAGAAGAAGCCCAUCUCAGCAUGAGGUGAAAGUAAACGUGACUUUGCACAAGACGGUCAGCAAAUACAGUGGAGAGAAACUUUUACGGUACUGUAAAUUAAGUUUACCGGCAAAUUUUCACACGUGGAAACAGUGAAAUUCUGCGUUAUUUACAAAUAAAAAGAAUUAUAUACAGCUCUCUGUCAAUAUUGAGAGCCAUAUAUCAGACAUCAGUGCCUCAGAUAACCACGGUCAAUUAUUUAAUCUAAAUUCUAUAACUGCAGGUGUUGGUUAAUUUAUGAUUAAUUUGUGAUAUUUGUUGAAAUGUAAUUUCAAGUAAAACACAAUCAAGCUGAUUUAACCUGAACAGCUGUUUACAGUCUUUACAGAGGUAAUACGUGGAGAAGCAGAGAUGAAGUGCAGGAAUGAAAGCAUAAUGUCGUCAGGUCUGGAAACUUUGGUUUGUGAUGAUUCUGGGAAUGUUCGUGUGUGUGUGUGUGUGUGUGUGUGUUUCAUUUUGUGGUAUUAACCCCUGAACCUCCCAGCCUUUUACCACACGUGUCCCCGUCCCCCCGUCCCCCCGUCCCCCCGGCUGCUGAUGCCAGCACUUACCUGCAGUGCUCAUCCUUCUCACAGGAGAUCAGCAUCUUCAGACUGCCACACAUCUCCAAACAUUCCUCUCAGAUGAACACAGGGUUACUGUUAAAAACACACGUUCACACAGCAAAUUCAAAGAUUUUUCCUUUGUCGCACACCGAACGCUAUGAUGUGUGUGUGUGUGUGUGUGUGUGUGUGUCGGCUCAUUGUCCUUCUUUCACAUGUGACCUCCCAGCUUGUGCACACCUUUACCUUUGCAUUACCGAGUAGAGGAAGUAACUCAACGCACUGACGUACAGUCGUUUUGAGAAGAAGAGAAGACCAAUCAUGGAGUUUAUGACCAUUUUUGCAUGAUGCAUGCACUUAACUAUGCAAGCAGAUUCUUGCUAAUGCCCACACUGCGUAUGUACAAGUGCUACUCUUUGGAUGUGCGUGUAUUUCUAAUUGUUUAUUUUCCAAAUGCCAGGAUCAGAGAGCAUGUUAUGAACGCUUUGUUUGCACAUUUCGUCAAGUAUACACAUUUUGUACGAAUGAUAAGUAUUGCUCAUUCACCACUCUCAAAGUAAAUCGACCCACUUGCAAAGGAA